AUGUCCGCCACAGAGAAUCAACCUUGUAACUUGAUGUUGAAGGAAAUUCGACGUGAGGUUGCGAUUCCUCACGUUAGUUUGGGUUAUACAGAACCCCGAUCCCCACUUUCCGAUUCUUUGGAUGAAUGGAAUGCAUCUUUGCAGUCUCUUCCGGAGGACUACGGCACCUCCGCAAACCCGCGCCGCGCCGUUCCUGCCGAAAUUGAUGAUGUCGAGCGAGAGCUGGCAGGGGAUGAAGUUCAGGUUACAUUUCACUUUUCAACUUCGUUCAUGGAAAAAGGCGGCUUCGCAAAGAAGAUAGCCGAACAGGAUGGGAAGCUUACCCUCACUCACAGAUUCUACAUGGGCCAGAGCAUUGAGCAUCUCAAGUUUUUUUUAUAUAAAUAUUAUGGUAUACCGUACGAGAAGAUUUCGUUAUAUAUUGGAAAACUGUUAUUAAUGGAUCCACUGUCCCUUAGCGACUUGCCUUUCAAAGUGAAUGAGGAUAACAGUAUUACGGUGGUUUUUACGGAGUAAUUUUUAUAAAUUUAUUCAGCCUUUCUCUUUCACUUUCCCUAAUCAGGAUAUUGAAAAUAGAAUAUAUGAAAAACGGUAAUAAAAAUGUGCUUGGUACCAUUUUUGUGCAGCUUUUGUUGUUAGAUUUUGCUCCUUUUAUUUCUGACGAUACAUUUGCUUUGAAAUUAUGAUUAUUCCACUUUCAAAUCUAUUGACUUAAAAUGGUGAUUAAGGAUUCCAUAAUUCUGCCUGCUGUUGCGUGGAUGGUAAAUUAUUCUUAAUAUUAACUUUCCUUAGCAUGCCUUGUUAGUUCAAUAUUCUAGUCCUAUAAUUUAGCUUCUUUAAGGAGUUAAGUGAAGGAUAUAAGAUCGAAGUACCGAUUCUAACAAGGAAUGUUAUAACAAUUCCCUUUUGCUAUUAAAUAGGACAAAAUCCAAGGUAUACAUACAACUCGCUAAGUUAUUUUUACUUUUGUGCGUUUUUUUAAUUUGUUUCUUUAGCCAGUUUCGAAUUACUAUUAUUAUUAUGUAAAUUUACUUUGGUUUCCUGUUUACACACUGAUGAAUAUUUACUCAACUAAGAACUACUGUGCUUCUUAUUAAUUUGUUGUACUCAUGAAAUAUUAUGUGUGUGAAGUAUGCAUGUCGUUUUUAUGCAUAUUACGGAUAUAAUAGUUGAGUCAAAUUUCGGAAGGUAAAGCUCUUGCUUAGUGAAAAAGUUCAAGUAAUUUAAACUGUGUUAAAACAACGCAAAGUGGAUAACUGUAGGCCUUAGUCAGUCUAUCUCUUACUUUUCAACUAGAGCUGCACAGUGCAUUUUUAUCUUUAGAAUUAUACUAUAACUUUGGCUCCUUUUUUAGCAAGUUUCUUGCACAAACAUAUAAAACCGAAGGAAAGUCUUAUAGACAGAACUGAAUUCACACUGUCUAAAAGCCUAACUAGGUACAGAAGCUUGGAUCUGGGUAACUCAAGCUCAAAGAGGCAGCAGCAUUGAAAUGCUUCAUGUUAGACUAAGUGGUUUUAUUACAGGCUUUUUUAUCACUAUAGUAGCAUAUUAUCGUUAUUUUGCGAUACCUUUAAUUGAUACACAUAGAGUGCAAUGUCGUAAGCUGGAAGCUAUCGAUGAUCAGUUGCGGAAGUCUCUUAAGGAGACACUUGAAGUUUCUUUGACCGGGUUUCAGCAUAGCUUGAGUGACGAUACCCCUAUUUCUCCUGUUUUGGAUUCAUUUGAACAGAAAUCGGUGCCUUUUGUUAGCCAGAAGAAUGUAGCUAAGCCAAAUUUCUUGUGAUGUAAUUACCGGAGGAAGUGAGUUAAUCCCAAUUACAAGCAUGCAACAAAUCUAGGUCUAUCAAUUCGGGUUUGGGUGCGGCAUGAAAUCGAUUGUUUUCUUGGUUUAUUUACUUGUUUUGACAUGCAUGCUUCAACGUGUAUGAACUAAUUUUGUUAUGCGUGAACGCGCGCAUACGAUAUUACCCAACUCUGACCUUUUCUAUAAAGGUAAUAGAUAAA